GCUGUAGCUCUGCCGACUGGAGGGAUGUGACCCCGGAACAGGACGCCCUCCUACAACAACACACCAUUCAAACAGAGCACAGAAGAAAGUAAAGCUGGACCAGGAGGGAGCCACAGGAGCAGGGGGGAUGAACCGCGAGGAGGCCCCGGGGAAGUCUCCUGAAGACAUGUACAUCCAACAGAAAGUGCGGGUCCUGCUCAUGCUAAAGAAAAUGGGAUCAAAUCUUACACCGAGUGAAGAGGCUUUUCUCCGGAAUUACGCAGGUGUGGUCCACAGUCAGAUGAGCCAACUCCCACAGCACAACAUAGACCAGGGUGCAGAGGAUGUGGUGAUGGCGUUCUCACGGUCAGAGACGGAGGAUCGACGGCAGUGACCCCGGCCCCCCCACCAACACCCCCGACCCGCCCCCCCGUCCCGCCCUGCACGUGAUCCACAACUCCAUUAAAACCCCCACAAACACAACACUGAUGAGCUCAGGAGAAAGAGGGAAGCCCGGGAGGGACAGAAGAGGACGGGGAGCGGCGGCCGCCUCGCCCACCGCCCGGCCUCUUCCACCCCGACGACUCCUCGCACCAGUCGGCACACCGUUACCUGAGAUGCACUCAAGUGGGUCACUGUGGGCUGAAGCCUUGGCGACAGGGCGGUCAGUGAAAACACUCAUAGAUCGUGUGGAUGAUGAUCAAAUCUAGGUUUCUUUUUGUUUUGUUUUUUUUGUGGGGGGGGAGGGAGGUUUCGUGUCGUUUUGUCUGUGUCGAGGCUUUAGGCAGUGUUAUGAGUUCCACCUGCUGCUGGAGGAAACUGAAGCAAAGAGAAAUAUAGUUUUGGUCAAGCAGCGAAUGUGUGACGGUUGGUCGUGUUAGAAGAGAGAGAGAGAGAGAGGUUUUAAGUAUUUCUGCUUACCCUGAGUGGGCUAAAGUUGUUUUCGGUUUAGCUGUUGUUGCGUUAAUGGCUUUUUGUGCUCUGUCCACCGGGGGCCUCAUUUAUAAAGACAUGAAAAAGAAGAAAAUGUCGGGAUUUGGAGACGUUACCGGUGUCCAAACAGGACCUAAAACCUGCACCGUGAAGACCAAGUAGAAACAUAAAAUCAAGUUUAGCUGCUUCAAGUCAUGUAGAGAAAAAUAUGAGGAGGUUCAACACAAGUUGUAAGUUGAUGCAAGUGUUUGUUAAUGUGUUUUUCAAAACUUCUAACACCUCCUGUAGUCAUAUACAAGUGGAGGGUGGUUUAUUUGGCAAGUAUUGUAAAUUAAUAAACACUUACAGCUGUGUACAACCAAUUCUGUUGUCUUUUAAAUCAUGUCUUACAUGCUGGGACUCGUACUGCCCAUAAAUAUUUCAUAAUCCGUCUUAAAAUCUAAUUUAAUAUCAGAUUAAACCCAGAUACCACGCGAAUUAAAGCUUCUGCUGAUUCUCUCGAUCCAGAAAUAGGAGCAAAAACAAACAAUCGAGUCUAAGAACGACGUAAGUUUUCUACUCCGUGUGAUUUGCGUUUUUGCUUCAUGUACAAAUCCUCCUCCGACGACGACAAGCUGAUUGAUGUGUGCGUUAGCAGUCGCACCGGGCCUGUCGUUAAUCAUUCAUGUUUAAUUACGGGAGUUAACAGGGCGGCGUGACGAGGCUCACGGUUUGAUCGAUGGGAGUUUCUCUGCAGUAUAUUUCCAGCGUUUUAUAAAUGAGGCCCCGCUCGUUCUUCUGCUGCUUUAUUUUGACCCGUAGGCUGUUGAGAGCGCAACGAGGGGAAGCGUAACAAUUAAAAGACACUACCAGACGUAACACGGGCUGUACGCGUUCUCCCCAAACAAAUACCGGCUUUGGGUUCUUGUGACGUGAAAAGCCUUUCUUCUUCUUCUUCUUCUUCUUCUUCUUUUUUUAAAUUGUACAGAUAGUUGGGAAAUAGGAAGAUGAAUUAAGUGUGCCAAUUGUAUUUUUUUUUUUUUUUUUUUAAUCUGUAAGAUAAAAAAUUAACCGUUAAGAAAGAGACAAGCUGUAGUUGUAAUUUAUUGUUUACUGAAUCGACACCCUGUUCUUCAAACACGCCAUUAAAGACGGAGAUGGUGAAAACUCACCACGAGCGACGCUUUAAGUUCGCCCGCAGCGGCUCUGCGUUCACACUAAAUCAUACGAACUCUAAUUUUUAACUACCUGUAGCUGAAGACAUGAAGCCAAACAUGAGAACUGUGUGCUAUUUUCUAACCGUACUGUAUCUCUUGCACUAUUAUCAGUGGGAUAUUUGCAAAAAAUACAUUUUGACAUGUAGCACAGAGAUUCUAUGUUUGGUUCAGGGGAUUAAAAAAAAAGAAAAACAACUUUGUAAUCACAUUUUUAUUCCUUCGCUGAUUGAAAAGAAUCCGUGUUAAUCGACUCAACUGGAAUAGCUCAAAUGAAUAUUUGUUUAACAGCAGACACGUUUUUCUAGUGACAUGCUCGAUAUUAAAUGUGUUUUAAGUACGGUUUGUUAACUUGUAUAACUUAAAAUAAUCGUAACGUAAUGUUUUGAAGCCAAGCAUGUCUGCCUCGUGGUUUACGAUGUUAACUCAGUCGAGGAUCUUUGAAGCUUCGACCGCAGUGACCAUCGUUUGUACAUUCUCGACGUUUGUGGAAGCUACUCGCUCUUUUAAAAUGUUUCUGAAAAAAAAAAAAAUCUUGUUUUUUUUUUUUAUGGGUAAGUGUUAUCCAUUCUAUCUUGUUGGCAAUAACUUCUAUUUGACUGUCCUCAACAAUCAUCGCAAUGUAAAAGGCCAACAGAUGUGUCGCUCUGUCCGCCACUGACAAAGAAAUUUGUCUGUUUUUUUUAUGUUUACUUUUGUUUUUAAAGCAUUUUUAUGUGUCUAUGCAUUUGUUUUUUUUUGUUCUUUUGUUUUCUCUUAAAGGUGUCUUACUGUACAUUUGACCUAUCAGGGUUGUUCUACAGCCUUCGUUCAAGUUGUGAAUGAAUGUCGGUGUGUGUGAAAGCGUGUGUGUGAGAUCAUCAUUGAACCUGCUACCAGUUUUGGUUUUCAGCAUGCUGUUGAGUUGAGACUAGCAUCGUGUGUCUUUUUACUGUGAUGACCUGACGUUGCCUAAUUGUCCUUUUUUCCUCUCUUUUUUUGUGUGUGUGUGUGUGUGUGUGUGUGUGUGUGUGUGUGUGUGUUGGCUUUGUAUUUUAUUUUCCCUCUCAGUCAACAUUGAUUAGUUGGUUUUGUUUUGUAUGGCUGCUGACCAUGUCUUGACUUAAUGCUUCCAAAUCCUAUACCAACUGAACCAUUAAAGAACUUUUAAACAGUGUAAAA